UCGUGACGUCACGCGGAAGUAAUUCAACCAAGAUGGCAGCGUCCUUGACACAGGCAUGUUUUGAUAACAGUCGAGUGUCAAACAUCCUCAACAGUUGCAAAUGUACGGGCUGUACAACUGACAAGAGAAUAUUUUGAGAGCGGAGCAUGGAGAGACGAGAGUUUGUCGCGUCUCUUGUGGCAGGGGGCAGUGCAGGGAUGUGUGUGGAUCUGACCCUCUUUCCCCUGGACACCAUUAAGACAAGACUGCAGAGUCAGCAGGGCUUCUACAAGGCAGGGGGCUUCAGGGGCAUCUAUGCUGGAGUCCCAUCUGCUGCUAUCGGUUCCUUCCCAAAUGCCGCUGCUUUCUUUGUCACCUAUGAAUGCACAAAGUCCCUGCUCGGUGCUGGUGAAGUGCUAGCAGCACCACACGUGGCGCCUGUCACUCACAUGCUGGCCGCCUCCCUGGGAGAAAUAGUGGCAUGUCUAAUCCGGGUGCCCACAGAGGUGGUCAAACAGAGGACCCAGGCUUCACCCUCAUCCACCACCUACCAAAUGCUGCUGGCUACACUCAGAGAAGAGGGUGUCCGGGGCUUGUACAGAGGAUACAGGAGUACGGUUCUCAGAGAGAUCCCGUUCUCGCUGGUGCAGUUUCCACUUUGGGAAUAUUUAAAGACUCUGUGGUCAUGGAGGCAAGGUCACACGCUCUACUCUUGGCAGGCUGCAGUGUGCGGAGCUUUUGCAGGUGCAGUAGCUGCAUUUGUUACCACUCCUCUUGACGUGGCGAAGACCAGAAUCAUGCUCGCAAAGCAGCAAAGGAUGACAAGUCCAGGCAGGAGAGUGAAACCGAGACCGAGAGAGAGAGACAGCAGGGCUGGUGUUGAUGGGUAUGUAUCGACGGUUUGGAUUGGACGAAGGGGAGGAAAUGUGGGUGUUGGAACUUGUCACAUCAGUUUCCGUACCACCGCAGCCGAGGAGAAGGUUCUUUCUUUUCUGUGGCCGGCAGAAUGAAAGAGUGGUGUUGUACAGUAGGCAGUCUGGCGCAGACGAGGCCGAAACAGGCAGUUGUCCAGGACACAGCUGGACAUUUAAAUCCCCUCCAGGGCAGGACCUGCACCGCCCUGGCUGCAGCACUGGCAACAUGCCUGGCACACCACGCUGCUACUGUACAACACUGCUCUUCUCCUCAGGCUGGCAUGUUUCCUGCCAGUGCACCACACUGCUGCCAUCAAUGUCAUGUUCGCAACCCUCCACUGGAACCAACUGUGGCAAACACAGGAGCCAAUGUCAGGCUGGUAUGGCCUAACACCUUGUUGAACAGUCAUCACUGUCAUUCGUUCCGUUGCAUGAAUCAGUGUAGACGUUGGACAGCGUGGAGAAGGUCAGCAUGGAGCACAUUUUCUUUACUACUCCCUCAAGAUUGUAAGAAACUCAGAUAACAAAGCAGCGAGCCAACAUAAGUGUGUGUGUGUGUUUUGGACACCCUUUCCCUCCUUCCACCAUUCCACAGCGGUAAAGGAAAAGAAAACUUGUCAGAAGAGAGGAGAGUCAUUUCUCAGCCACCUGACUCCAAACCUAAGGAAUAGGGGUGUUUUUUUCCCCUCCUCACAUGAAUGAAAUGUGGGAAUCUUCCUCUCGUUCCAGCAGAUCUGGGUGUCACAAUUUACAGCAGACGCCACAAACUGUUUCCUGCAUGCUCAGUGAGCUGUAGCUUAGAUUGGCGUGCACACAAACUCGACUGUCUCCUCAGCUCUCCUCUCCUCCACCGCCUCUUUCUGUUUCUCUUUCCUCUGGUCUGCCACCACCCACCCUCACUUAACCCCAACUGGCCCUGUCCUGCAGCUCUCAUACCCCUCUGGCACUCCACAGUGAUGGAUUAAAAACUCUCUGGCCGGCUAAGCCGUAUUGUGUAAAUAAAAGUUCUAGACUGACAGGCCUGGCGGGAGACGAGGAGAACUUGUUGAGUGUGUUUUUUGGGUGGGCAAAUGGCUGGGUGUGUUGCCGAGCAGGUGCCUGGGUGGGUGUUGGAGGUGUCACCUUCGCUGACACAGCUGUCC